AUGGCUAGUAGGGCGGCUUUCAAGCGUUUGACUCGCGAAUACAAGACGAUAUCUGAGAACCCUCCUCCAUACAUUACCGCACACCCCUCCGAAUCUAACAUCCUCGAGUGGCACUAUGUCAUAACAGGGCCAGAAGAAACCCCGUACCACGGCGGUCAGUACUGGGGCACUUUAAUAUUCCCACCCAAUUACCCGUUCGCUCCGCCGGCCAUCCGAAUGCAUACGCCCUCUGGCCGGUUCCAGCCUUCGACGCGACUCUGUCUUUCGAUAUCCGAUUUUCACCCCAAGUCUUUCAACCCUGCCUGGGAGGUAUCGACCAUCCUCAUUGGCCUGCUCUCCUUCAUGACGAGCGAUGAGAUGACUACUGGUUCCGUCUCGACCAACGCCGCGGAGAAGAAGUUCCAUGCGUCCCGGUCAAGGUGGUGGAAUUCGACGGGCGGCGGCUCGCUGACCAAGAACCCGGCCAAUAAGGGUAACGUCAAGGUGGGCGACGGUGGCGCCAAGUUCCGCUCGGAAUGGGCGCAGCUCGAUGCCGAAAACUGGGAAUGGAUGAAGACUCACAAGGUUGAUUCCGUUACUGGUAACCGCGCUGGUGGAGAUAACGGCGCCUCGUGCGGCCCGCAGCUUGGAAUUGCUGGGACUAGUGGCCAUCAGGCGCAAGCCGUGGUCGAUGCCGUGGUGCAGCAAAGGGACGCUGGUCGGGGUUGGAUAUACCGGAAUAAGCUGGUCGUCGCCGGCGCUGCCAUAUUCAUAUAUGUGCUCAUUGCGAGACUAAUGAGCGGCGAAGGAGGCCUUGCUUAG